GGACAAGUUUGAGAACAUUGCUAUUUCAAUCUUGUUUUUUCUUGGUUCUCAAGUGACUGAAGACAUGACUGGCAAACUUAUCCUUAUCUUCAUCGCCCUUCUGGGUUCAGUCAGUAUGAGGAAUGUCCAGAUGGAUGCAGAGGAGAUUGCGAAUGGAAACAUAUGUCAGGACUGCACACAGAUUUUUGAAGCUUUGAUGGACCUGCUUUCCGAUAAAGAAUUCCAGGACAGAAUAAUUGAUAUACUUGAUGAUGUUUGUGACAAGAUGCCUGCACAAGCCAUUGAAAUCUGCCAUACGCAAGUGGAAAAAAUCAUUCCUAUCGCCAUCGGCUUUCUUACCAGCUGUAUGAAACCAGAUCAAAUCUGUAAAACCCUCGGACUCUGUGAAGGUCGUGCCGGCGGUGAGAUGAGAGAUCUGCUCCUCAAUCACAUUUCUAAAACUGUAACAAUGCCAACUAUGAAGCACGGAGCGUCUAUUCAGUGUUCUUUAUGCACAUACACCGUGAGCACACUUGAGAAUCUGUUUCCCAAAGAUAUGACUGAGAGUGCCAUUACAGCCCUGUUUGAGCGUCUGUGCAGCGAGCUUCCAGCUAUGGUUCAGUCCCAGUGCAAUAAGAUGGUUGAAAAAUAUGUCAAACUGUUGAUCGACAUGCUAUUGAACAAGACCGCUCCUAACUUCAUAUGCACACUUCUUCAUCUUUGUGGAAUGCAAGAAGGGCCCGUCAUAGGUUUAGGUGACACUGUGCGUUCAGACUGUGAAACUUGUCUUACUCUGGCGGUUUUGACUCGUAUGUAUCUGGGCUCGAAUGCCACUGAGAUUCAGACUGCCUCCUUCCUCUACUCUAUGUGUCAGAUGCACCCCAAUGCCAUGCCAAAGUGCAAGACCUACACACAGCGUUACGGAAAGCAGCUCUUCACAUAUCUGGGAAAAGAAGAGGAAGCCUUGGGCGCAUGUAAGAAAGUAAAUCUGUGUGUCACUGAAGACCGUGAGCCCGUCCGUGAGGCCGACCCCUGCACCCUUGGCGUAAACUUCCGCUGCAAGGACCUGCAGACCGCUUUAAAUUGUGGGGCAGUUUCCUUCUGUCAGAAGAAUGUGUGGUGAUAAUUCCACUUCAGCCGUCUAUACCAAAGUCAAAGGUGAAGGCUUUCUAUCAAAUGUGAUGUUUUAAAAGCAACCUGGUUAUCAACUAUAAACAUUUAAAGGCUUUGGUGCUGAACCGAUGCUACAGUUUUUUCUGCUUUCCUUGUUUUUCGUUUUAUUUGCUUUUCUGGUUGAAAAAAAUGGUUUGAGGCUUGGAUUAUAUCUUUAGCAUAUAAAACAAAAUAGAACUUUAUAAAAAACAUGCUUCAUGUGCGGUUAACAUUUUUACAAAAAAAGUGUAGCUGUUGUUGAAACUGCAUUAUUGAUCCCACAACAUAUUAUCAGUCAAUCAAUGUUUGCGAAGAGGUUAGUUUAGACACAGAUCAUUAUUCAGAAGGUGGGAUAAACAGAUCACUGUAAAUGUACAUCUUUAAACACACUUGUUUUUAUUUGUGGAAGUUUAUUCUACUCAUAUUUACCAUGUCUUAUUACAAUAAAUUUCACUAUGGUAUUAGUACUAUUAGAUGUUUAGCCCAUGAUGUUCAAUACUAUAGACCCAUUUUUCCCAAAAAAAUUUAAUAGUUGAAUGGUUACAUACUCUUGACCCCUUAAGAGUAUCUGAAGCCCCAAAUUCAAAUUAUUUUGCAUAUUGAAAAAAUAUUUUCUUUUUGGUAUUUUUAUGUAACUUUAGAGACAUACGCGUAAGAUGUCCAGAUAAAGCAUUUCACUUGUAUGUGACACAUAAAAUACUGAAUUUGAUAACAGCCCUCAACACAUUGUAAUGGUGACAUGGUUUGGUUUUGAUCCAUUGAAAUAAAUAUUUGGACUUGG